AUGUACGCCAAACUCGCAUUUGUACUUUUGCCCUUGUUGGCAUUUACAACUGCCAAUCCCAUCCCAUCCAACAGCAGAGUGGUCUAUCACACCGGUGUACACGACAGAUAUCUACCAAACAAGCACACAAGUCCCAUGGAAACGAUAGAGGAGGGCAACGACAGAAAUGGCCCACCACGCUCCUCGAGUAUUCGCCCUGGCAGUGUUAGCCGUGAUUCAGAGUUGUUUCAUGGUAGUUCGAUCGAUUGGAGAAAUGCGGAUGCAAACAGCCUUGAGAGCCAUGCUAGCUUUGAGAAGCAGGCUGGCCCUCCACCUUUGAGGGCGCUCCGCAGCAAGGGUGGUCGUUGGGAGUAG